CACAUGCGAAUCCCAAUUAGGAAGCAUAUUUUCCCACGGCCCAAAAGCUCCCACUUCCGUAAGGACUACAUAAGUGGGCGAUAAAGAAGUUCGGCAAGUUUGGCAGAUGCAGGAACAAGCUAGGCUCGCUUUAUCCUGGCGUUUUAGGCAGCAUCCUCCUGAAUCGUAGUCCAUCUCGGAUCGAAAGAUGAGGGUGAUCGCGUACUCCGACACGGUGUUGGUGCCGCUGAGCCUCUUCGUCAUGGUAGGCUACCACGCCUUCCUCUGGCACCACAUCAAGCACCGGCCCUCCACCACCACCAUCGGCCACGACUCGCAGAAGCGCAAGGCAUGGUUUCUUGCCCUCAAAGAGGGCGACGACAAGGCGAGCAUGUUGGCUAUCCAAAGCACGCGAAACACCCUGAUGGUGACCAUCCUGACGGCAACCGUAGCCGUCCUGAUCAACUUGGCGCUUGCGGCUCUCACCAACAACGCCUACAGCGCGGACCACCUCUUCAGCAGCGCCUUCUUCGGUUCCAAAUCCCCCAAGAUCUUCGCCCUCAAGUACGGCUCGGCGUCCUUCUUCUCGAGCUUCAGCUUCCUGUGCAGCUCGAUGGCGGUCGGCUACUUGAUCGACGCGAAUUUCCUGAUAAACGCAGCCAACAGCGACGGUAUGUUCUCUACUUCCCCGUACACGCUGGCGGUUUACGAGAGAGGGUUCCUGCUGGCCCUUUUUGGGAACCGGCUGCUCUGCGUGACGUUUCCCUUGUUGUUGUGGAUGUUCGGGCCGGUCCCGGUCGCGCUCUCCUCCGGGGCGUUGGUGUGGGGGCUUUACGAGCUCGAUUUCGCCGGAAGAUCUCUACAUCACACUGGGAAAACCCGAGCAUGAGCGACUCGGAAUUGUACAGGUUGCGAUGGAUCCGAUGCUUUUUCUAGACGAGAAGGACAUUGCAAUUCAAAUGCUUCAUCAAGUUUGGAUUGAAGUCAUUUAAGGCUUUAGGCAGGGCUUGAUAUGUCUAGUACCGUGUGUUAUUUUCAUUAUACUAUUCUGUCGGAACUUCAACUUCUAAAAGUGGUCAUUUUUCAUGAUGACAUUUCUUGGUCAA